UCAAAUUAAGAAAACGCUUCACCUCCAUUGAAUCUGAAUGGCUUCGCACCGAAGCAGCCGGCCUGGUGAGGGAACCAACCAGGAGAUAUACAGUAUAAAAUCAAAUCCUCGUGCCUGCUCCUGUUUCAUUCUUACAAGUACUCCUCCUACAUGCACCACGAUAUACAGUGCCUGCCUCCAUCAUCAACCUCACCACAUCAUUCACGAGUACUAUAGCUACACUAGUAAUCGGUAAUUCGGCAGCAGAAUUGAAGGAGCGACAUGGGCUUGGCGUUGGGGCGGCUGCUGGGCGUGAGCCUGAGCCGUCUGUUCGCGAGGAAGGAGGCGCGGAUCUUGAUGCUGGGUCUGGACGCCGCAGGCAAGACCACCAUCCUCUAUAAGCUCAAGAUGGGCGAGGUCGUCGCCACCGUCGCAACCAUCGGGUUCAAUGUUGAGACAGUUGCGUAUAACAACAUCAGCUUCACCGUUUGGGACGUCGGUGGCCAAGGAUCGCUCCGGCCAUUGUGGAAGUACUACUUCCAUGGCACCCAGGGCCUGAUCUUCGUCGUCGACAGCAGCGAUAGGGAGCGCAUUCUUCAGGCCAAGGAUGAGCUGAACAUGUUGCUGAACGAGGAGGAGCUUAGACAUGCCGCGCUGCUUGUGUUUGCAAACAAGCAGGACCUUCCGAAUGCUAUGAGUGCAGCAGAGAUGGUAGAAAAGCUUGGUCUUCAGUCCAUUCGCCACCGUAGAUGGUACAUUCAGGGUGGAUGUGCAACCUCAGGUGAAGGCCUCUGCGAAGGGCUGGAUUGGCUCUCCACCAACAUUGCAACCGAGGCCUAAGGAUUUCAGAUCAGCAGACGUUGUACAGGAGUUGGGGUUGGUGUUAUGUUUGCUUUGCAGUGUGCUGGGGGGUCACCAGAUGCUGCACAUUCCAAAUAUCCAGGGAUCAUGUGGUUGCCUGAUAAAGUUGUAUACGUUCAGAUCUGUGCACAGUUGUGAGCUAGAGUUAAUGUAAUAAACAACAUGACAUUUGUA